GUUUCUUUUUACACAAAACAAAUACUCGCAUAUACGAGUAUAAGUUUUGCUACAUGUACUUUAGGCUAGUGUAAAUAAAUGAUUUGUUGAGGAUGUCCUUCUACAUUCCCCGAACACAGGCAUCCAGAAAUCGUACCUCGAAGACGGAAUGAUGUGACUGUUUGGAUUCCUGCGUUUAGAGGAUAAUUCUCCUAUAGAUCUUGUAUUCAUCCUAGCCUAAGUUACAUAUAGAAAAAGUUAUUUUGCAUGGGUACUUUACAACAUGUACAAUGGUUCUGUAUAAUUAUAGGAGACAAUAACACAGGUGGUGAUGGUAAAGAACCGACAACAGAGAGUAAUGUCGUCAAUGGCGGCGGAAAUGGUCCUCAAACAGGAGCGCUGUCAGAGACGGGAUGUUCAGGUUUCCUAUGCCCCCUCCUCAACCCCAUUGUUGUUCUCGUUCUCCUUGUGUGGUGUGGGGUACUCUCAUUCCUUUGUCUCGUCCUUUGCUGUUGUAUCCAGCAAAGAAAACGUAAUGAGAAAAAGCGCAAAUAUUACGUGGACUACCUUCGUCGCCAAAAUCCUUACAUGGAAAGCUUACACUCAAAAGACUACACGUGGCACGAUUAUUCAACUGUGAAUGGCGAGAAUGGAUCUUCUGGGCCUGGUUCACACCCAGAAGAGGCUAAAUCUGAUACUGGUAUCAUGAACAGCAUGGUAACAAACGAGAAUGAAGGAUACGGCAUUAACCCUAGCCACCCAGCUCGUGGCACAGGCGGGACCAUUACAGCAGCUGAUGCGAAUCUUUAGGAUGAGGUCGAACGGGACAUUUCUCAUUAACCCAUUUACGACAUAGGACACAGGCGUAUUCCUGUAACUUCAAAUACAACACUUGGUUGUUAAGAAGUUUAUUCUCACCAUACUUGAGAACUUGAUAUCGAUAUAUAUAUAUUUUUGUACCAUUUAUGAAGAGCAUGCGUCCAGUGAAGUUCAACUGACAAAACUAAUUACUAUUGCAAUCUUAUAACCACGAAACAUAUUUACAAUUGCAAUCAGGAUGAAAAUAAUGCAGAUGACCAUAUUUAGAAGUUGUUUUUGCGUCACACCAGGUUAUCAUCUAAGCUUAUUAAAAACAGU